UGAAGGCAACAUAAGUUUUGGCGCCCAAUUUUCUUGCAUAUAUGAAAUGUAUUGUGUUGUUGGUAGCUUAGUAGAUUCUUCAAAGAGGAAUGGGAAUUCAGGGGUUUUUGCCGCUAUUGAAAUCGAUUAUGGUUCCAAUCAAUGUCAAGGACUUGAAGGGUUGUUCAGUAGCGGUAGACACCUAUUCUUGGCUCCACAAAGGUGCCCUUUCUUGCAGCACCGAACUCUGCAAAGGGAUACCCACUACCAGGCACAUUGAGUAUUGCAUGCACAGAGUCAAUUUGCUGCGCCAUUAUGGGGUUAAGCCCAUUCUAGUGUUUGAUGGAGGACUUCUGCCAAUGAAGAGUGAACAAGAGAUCAAGCGUGCCAGGGUUAGAAAGGAUAAUUUUGCACGUGCAGUUGAACACGAGUCAGAUGGAAAUUCAACUGCUGCUUAUGAGUGCUACCAGAAAGCAGUUGAUAUCUCUCCCCAAGUUGCUCGUGAACUAAUUCAGGUAUUGAAGCAGGAGAAUGUGCAGUAUAUUGUUGCUCCUUAUGAGGCAGAUGCCCAGCUGACAUUCUUGGCAAUUAGUGGACAAGUUGAUGUAGUUAUAACUGAAGAUUCUGAUCUUAUACCAUUUGGCUGCCCUAGAAUUCUCUUUAAAAUGGACAAGUUUGGUCAAGGAGUUCAGUUCCAGUACUCUAUGCUACAAAAGAAUAAGGAGCUUAGUUUUGAAGGGUUCAACAGACAAAUGGUUCUUGAAAUGUGUAUUUUAAGUGGCUGUGACUAUCUUCAGUCCUUGCCAGGUAUGGGUCUUAAAAGAGCCCAUGCAAGCAUAAAAAAAUUUGGAAGUUAUGACAAGGUACUUAAGCACUUGAGAUACAGUGGAGUUUCUGUGCCUCCCUUGUAUGAAGAGUCAUUCAAGAAGGCUAUACGUACUUUCCAAUAUCAACGGGUUUAUGAUCCAAUUAAUGAAAAUAUUGUCCAUUUGUCUAAUAUACCAGAUGAUAUUGGUGACGAGUUAGACUUUUUAGGCCCAUCCAUUCCAAAAGAAAUAGCACAAAGAAUAGCAAAAGGGGAUCUUGAUCCAAUUACCAAAAUGCCAUUUGAGGGAGAGAAUCUUACAGCCAGAUUGACAAUUGCAGGAACUAGUCAAUUUGAAACUCCUCGUUCUGAAAGUACAAAGAAAAAGAUUGAUUUGCCUGUGCAGAAGAAUCUCUUGACCAAGUAUUUUUGUGUUGUUUCACUUGAAGCAAAAAGGAAAUUCAGAGCACCUCGGUUGUCCCCUACUACUGCUAAUGAAACAAAGAACCGUACUGCAUCAAUCAUUGACUAUGAGAAUUUGGCCAAUGCCCGUCAUCCUAAUAGCCAUACUGAAUGUGAUUCUGCCACAAAACUAUCUGAAUUUACAGAGUCUCCAUAUCAUGUUUCUAUGAUCCAUGAGGAGAAGAAGAACCCUGAACAUGCAGUACUGCAACAGCCUAGGCAGCCUAUUCAUAAACCAUGUUUGGGUUUGCAUAAGGAGCAUGGGAACACUAAUGUCCAAGACACAGUAGAAGAGAAAACCAGGGAGGUAUCUAGAAAGGUUAUUGUUAGGAGUGCUUAUUUUCAGCACAAGCAAGUGGACAAGAAUGCUUGUGAUGAAAAACUUGAGUACCAAUCCUCUGGCAUUGUCACUGAUGAGAGAAAAAAAGCCAUAUCUGACAGUGAUUUAUGUAAUGAUCAUUUGAAGAAUAAAGACCAGGGACUCCAUGACAAAGUUGAAGGACAAACCAGGGAGACAACAAGAAAGGUAAUUGUAAGGAGCGCUUAUUUUCAGCACAAACAAGUGGAAAAGAAUGUUCGUGAUGCAAAACAAGAGUACCAGUCCUCUGGCAUUGUCGUUGAUGAGAGAAAAAAUGCCAUAUCUGACAGCUAUUUAUGUAAUAACCAUUUGAAGAAUAAAGAUCAGGGAUUCCAUGACAUAGUUGAAGGUAAAACCAGGGAGACAACUAGAAAGGUAAUUGUAAGGAGUGCUUAUUUUCAGCACAAGCAAGUAGAAAAGAAUGUUUGUGAUGAAAAACAAGAUUACCUGUCCUCUGGCAUAGUCAUUGACAACAGAAGUGCCAUGUCUGACAGUGAUUUAUGUAACAACCAUUUGAAGAAUAAAGACUUGAAAAGGAAGCUUUCUCCUAAUGACAAUAUUCAAAAUGAAAAUUUGCAUCCUAGGCAAAUGCAGCGUGCUUCACCUCCUCAAAGUAAUGGUUGCUGUGAUCGCGACGUUGAAGGACCAGUUACAGAGAAUAAUGGCGAGGAAGAAAAAUUCGGGACAAACAUUUCCCAUUUGGGUCAGUAUUCAGAAAUAGCUGAGAAGUCUAUGGAAAGAUUUGUCUCUGUGAUAUCAUCCUUUAGGUGCACUUCUGGUACUCGUGUCAGUGGUCUCCGAGCUCCCCUGAAAGAUGUUCGAAACACUUCCGAUAAUAGGCCAAAAACUGCGGACUUUGGACAAUAUGCAUAUGUGCCAAAGCAGACAAAGAUUAGAAGAAUAGCUCCUGGGAAUUAAUUCAAGUUGUUUAAAGAGAACUUGAUUUGAGGUAUAUCUCAUCAUUUCAACACCAUUCUGCCCCAGCCAAGACCUGCAUUGAGUUAAUUUUUCUUUGGCAGCAGUAAAUUGUAUUCUUGAUGUAACCAUUCAUCAGCCUGAAAAUUGGUCAUCUUGUUUUUUUUCAUUUAAUACCACACUAAGUAUAAAACUUGGUUCAAUAGCGUUAAUGAGACAGUGAAAGCUUGGCUAGGCGGCUAUUUUUCUAACUAUUUGUAUGUCCCUGAAUAAGUGUAUGCCUCCAUGUUUUGUAUUCUCAUUUAUUGAUAUCAAUUGAAGAAU